AUGGCCGUGGACGGAACUCACAGCCCCUUCCCCCGUUCCCCUGAAUCUGAGACUUCAGGGGAAGUUACCCUGAGACUUCAGGUACUUCCUGAACUAAAGGAGAAAAAAAACAUGGUGGAUCGUUCAAAACCCCUUCCUACAUCCCUUCAGAAUGAGUUCAUCCCUGAGGAAGUUCUUCUUUCUCUGUCCUAUGCAGCCAGUGCUGGUCCUUGCCCUGAAAACUUACUGCCCCCUAAGAAAAUUAAAACCCCAAAGGGUACACUUCCGCGUCCGGCUAACCAAGUCUGGUAUCACCCUAUUAGAAGAAAUAAGUUCAGAUACCUGAUUGACCAUCCUGUUUCCUUAACUGGUGCUGGAAGGGAUAUUUCUUUUCUGUACGAUGUUAAAUAUGUUAAAGGAGAGGCCAGGGAGAGUUCGCUUUGUCCCCCACGUUUGGAACGUUCAUUACAGUCACAUGAUGGUGUCAUUGUGUCUCAUAAGCCAAAGAAACUAACAGAUACUUUGCUUCCUGAAGAAUUUCAUAUUGUGUCAAAUACAGGAGUUUCAGGUUUGGAGUGUUAUGAUGACAAAUAUACUACUCUCCUCACAGAUAGUGAAAACAGGCUAUUGCUCUUCCCAUCCAUGAAACCUAAUAAAAGAGUAGAAGUGGUCCAGCUUAAUGAUGUGAUGGAUGCUAUGCUAGAGAGGGCUGGUGUGGAAAAUCAGGAAUAUACAGGGCCAACCAAGAUGCACAAACUACUACAUAUAUUGAGGAAGGAACAGACCAUUUACAAUACAGUAUUUCAUGAACUUAUUCGACAAGUCAGUGUGGAUUGUGCAGAUAGAGGAGAACUACUGUCCAAAAUCAGACAGCGGUAUGUACAAAUGCUUGACCAAAUUGCCCGGCAGAUGAUUGAUUUCUACAAAGACUUGGUAACUCAGCGAAUGAUGGACCAGCGCGUUUUAGAAGAACUGUACAAUUUUAAGAAUGUUAUUGAAGAACUGACCAGGGAGCUGUGUCUGGUUCGGGCUCAUGAUAUGAAAUUAACAAAGGAAGCAGAGAAAGCCCACAAGGAUUUGGCACAAGCUCUUUUAGAUGCUGAAAAGAAUGCUAGGAUUGUAGAAGAAUACCAUGACUUAUACACAUUGCAAAGAGGAAGGAUGGAGAGUGAUAUUAAACAGUUAAUGGCAGAGAGAGAUCUCUGGAGCUCAGCCACAUAUGAAUUGGCCCUAAAGGUAAUUGAAAAAAAUGGAGUCAUAUUGGCUAAAAGACUUUACCUCAAUGAAAAAGGUUGGAAUAAAUAUGCUAAGCAUUUCAUCAUACUGCUGUCAACCAAGGACACUGCAGACCUUGCACUAUUGCAGAAGUUGACACAGAAAUGGAGAAGCUCAAUGAAUAGAUUUAAAAAGGAAGUGGAACAAAAUGAAGAGUCCACAAGGGAGAAAUUACAAACUAUUAAGGAUGGUCUUAUCACAUGGCAGGAGUUCUUCAGAAAUGAUGGAAAAGACAUUUCAUCUCCUAGUAAAGAAAAUAUAUUCGAAUCCGUCAUUUCAGAUUUCAAGCAGUGGCAAAAGAUGUUGAUUGAAGAUAAAGACAAGUAUACUGGGGAUUUUCUAGUGUCAAAAUAUGAUUCUCUCAAGAUUAUUAAACAUUUACAAGAAAAUUGGACAGAUGUUGGGUUUGGGAUAUUGAAUCGCCAUAAAAGUAUGGAGGGGGAGAUGCCACCAGAGCAAGAGCACAUGAAGGAAAUUGUGAAAACCAUAGGAAGACUCUACAAAGAAUUUGAGAUAAGAAUAAAUGGGGAUAAUGGUAUCUCUAAAAUUAUUCCAAGUUUGGUUAGUUCUCUAGAAUUCUGUUCUUUCAAGUUGGCAAAUGUCCUGGAGUUUCCUGAAAUGCUUCAUGAAGAAUGGGAAGGAGUUAAUGAAAAAGUUAAUGAAAUGAAAUCUCAGUUGGAUGCAUCAAUAAACAUUAUUGGUACCGUUCCUCAGUAUAUGGAUGUGGAUUCUGGCCCGGUACUCCAAGCACAAAUAUUUAACAUGAUUCAACAAUGGCUUUUGAAGAUAAGCAAUGAGAUUAACAAUGGUAACAUUGAACUUCAGCGCCAUAUGGAUGAAUUUUUUUUUUUUAUGAUCCAGUGGAUUUUUUUUUUGCUGAUUUUAAUGGUUUUUUUUUUUACUGACCAAAACAUUUUUUUUUUUUUGAGGAAGGAAAUUUUUUUUUUACAUGAUCUAGGAGUUUUUUUUUUAGAGCUAGAUAUCACGUUUUUUUUUUAG